UCGGAAGUACGCCUGAUUGCCUGUAUCAAAAGCAAAUCAAAAGGGACAGCACCACACUUGAGGAAUCAUGGCUGCGCCCAUAUGCAUACCAAUGACUAUAGUUCACAGGUUUUUCUCGGGCUCGUUGAAGUCUAGCCUGCGACCCACCAGUGUCGCACGACGAAACUUGUACAAAUAUUUCUCCUCCGUUUCUUCCUCGUCAUCAUCAUCGUCAGAUUCUUCGGACUCUUCAGACUCUGAUCGGGAUGAACCUGCAAGCAGCAAAAGAGAGGCUGCACUGGACAAACUGAAGCUUUUGAUUACCGACAUGAAGAUCGAGUCUGUACCAAGUUCGGAUUCUUCCAGUCUGUCGUUUAAGUUGGCAAGGCCUGGUCUACCAAGAAAGCCAGUCUUGAAGAAAGCUGCAGAAAAAGCAAGAGGAUUGGACGAACAACUUGUGCAGGCCGCAAAAGAAGUAGCCUCUAGCCUUGGAGGUGACACAGAGAAAACAGAGUCUGAGCUCCUCAGCGAACUCCGCCUCCAUGCACAGGAAAAGCGGGAAGGGGGAGACUUGAAUGAAGAUAAAAGGCCAUCUAUGAGCGAGCUGUUUGUGGGUAUGAAGAUCGACCGCAAGAGCCGCAGACGGGAUGCCAGGUCACAGCGGGUGGAUGCGGCCGAAGAUGGUGACUUCCUGCGGGGCUCUCUUCCCCCAGGAACCAUUGACGCUCUCACACAAGCAGUUAGCCGAGAACGCAAAAGACGUACUCCGGCUUCAGGGACGCCAGAACAAAUUGAUCUCAAGGGAGCAGCUCGGCUGGACAUAUUCUCUGCAGACACGCAGGCAGAUGGAGAUGCACCAUGCUUGAGCACAUGGGACAAGCUACAAGCACGAGAACUCCACCUCCUUGUUGCACCACCACCUAAAAAUGCUUACGAAGAAAUGAUACUGUGGACAAAGCAGGGAAAAUUGUGGACAUUUCCCAUCAACAAUGAAGCUGGUCUGGACGAGGAAGCAAAGGUGGGCUUCCACGAGCAUGUUUUCCUCGAAAGCCUCAUAGAAGAUUUUCCUAAGAAAGGGCCAGUACGCCACUUCAUGGAACUGGUGACCACGGGGCUUUCGAAGAACCCUUAUAUUUCGGUGCAGAGGAAACGAGAACACAUAGAUUGGUUCAGAAACUACUUCAGGGAAAAAGAGGCUAUACUGAAGGCUGCUGGUGCUCUUCCACAGUGAGGGGCCCUCCUUUUCUGUCUGUGUGUUUGUGUGAAUCUUAGAAGUUCAAAGUUUCAUUAUUUGUAGUAAAAUCCUUCUUGGAGGCUAAACUUGCUUGUGCAGCA